GGAAGGAAGAGAAGGGAAGGGGAGAGCAGAGGAGAGGAGGGGAGAGCAGAGGAGACCUCCAUGGGGCCUUGGAGUCGAGUCAGGGUGGCCAAAUGCCAGAUGCUUGUCACCAGCCUCUUUGUCUUGCUACUGGGCCUCGCUGUGGCCACCGCGGCAGUGCUCACCUACUUCGGGCCUCACUUUGCUGUCAUCGGCCACGCAUCCUCACAGAGGACCCGCUAUGAAGCUUUGCACCUCUGGGCCUUCUCCACAGGAAUCACCCUGGCCGCGCUCCUGACCCUGGGGGCUGUGCUGAGUGCUGCAGCCACUGUGAGAGAGGCCGGGGGCCUCAUGGCUGGGGCCUUCCUGUGCUUCGCCCUGGCGUUCUGCGUCCUGGUGCAGGUGGCCUUCUGGAGAUGCCACAACCCCACGCAGGUGGAGGACGCCGUGUUGGACGCCUACGAUCAGGUGUACGAGCAGGCGGUGAAGAGCUCGUCAGGAAUCUGGCGGCAGGAGCUGGUGGCCAUCCAGGACAUGUUUCAGUGCUGUGGUAAGAGCCCCCCACUCGGCCUCCCGGAGGGCUCGCAGGCUGACCUGUGUCGGGGGCAGGAGGCCGCCAGACAGGACUGCCUGCAGGGGAUCAGGAACGUCCUGAGGAUGCACAGGAACAUCGCCUCCACCCUUAUCAGCCUCGGCCUCGCCUCCAUGGUGUACGUGAUGCCGCUCAGUGCCUUCCUCUGGUUUGCCAUCCGCUCGGGCAAAUACACCCUGAGCCCACGGGCCCGUGGCUGCCAGCCCCAGGAGCCCCACUUCUACAGACGCUGCCGGGAGGGGCCCGCCCCUCCUCACCUGUCUGAAGCAGGGGCCGUCGGGGUCCAAGCAGUCGCUCGGGUGACCCUCCGCUGCCCCAGGACACCCACCCGCCUACACACAGGAGCAACAGAGACGCUCCGGCCUUGGCCCGCACGCCAUCCUUCCCAGGAGGGGAUGAGCUGUUUUCCUCCACAUGGUGGUGGGAUGGGGAGGGAGGGGACCCCGCCAGACAAGCAGCCUCCAUGUAAGCAGACGGGGGACCGGGCGCCAUUUGCAGACUCUGGGAACAGGCUGGGAGAUGGUGCUCAGCCAGGAUAAAGCAAAUAGCUCUCCUACAACUGAAGGCACACAGGCCUUGCCCCCAAGGAAUGUGCCGGAAGUCCAACGGUUCUGCAUUUGAUAACCGUCCAGGGCAUCCGGGGAUGUGCGCACCUCUCCUGGUCCCAUUCUUCUCAUCAGGCAAAAUAAACUUUAAAGAAGCACCAGCUGAAUUCCUGUGUACAGCAGUGGUGGAAAGAAAAGGGGAUGUAGUUAAGUUCUGUAGAAACGUACAUGACACCGCAGGAGAAAGGGCUUUGCUAGAAGCUGUAGACGGUGCUCCUUUCUGCAGUGGCCACGAGGCUGUGACCGACCUUCGGGCUUCCCUGCUCCACCACCCUGUCCACGUCCUCUCACGGGUCCGAGCGCUUCUCCUGCUGGGUGAGCCCGCUCUUCAUCAGGGACGGAGCUGGGAAGGAAGGUCUCCGUCCUGUGGUCACCUCUGCCACCGUCUCUCGUCACCCAGCCAUCCCUGUGGCCCCUUCAUGGCCUCUUAACCCAGUGACAGAGGAGCCCCAAGUGGGCCAGGUGGAACCCCCCACCCAGCUUCCAACUCAAGGACACUAUUGUUUUGUUCAAAGCAUUCCUUUGCUGGUUACUAAAAUGGCCAAACCAGGAGAGCAGGGACCAACAGGGCCGAGAGGCAAACGUUUGUGAGUGGCUCAGUCGUUCUAAUCACAGGAAGGGUGCCGCCCCCCACCCCUACCUCCCCCACACCGUGCAUCCUGACUCAGGGGGAAAGGCGCUGCUGACUAGCGCGUCCUGCAGGACACAGCGUCAGUGUCCCCGCACUGUCCCCUGGCCGUGGUCCUAAAUGAUGCCCAAGACUAGGCCACCAUCCCUCAGGGUCACCUCCUUUGAGGAGCAGGGUACGUGGUGGCCCUCGGGAAGCCCAUGGGCACCUCCCAUUACCUUGUUUCUUUGACUGUAAAGUCAGGUCCUUGGUCAGAAACAAUGACACGUGAGGAACCGGGACAGCAAAUAAGGCUUUAAGUAAGUAAAUAAGGAAGGUGCCGGUACAUGCAGGGGAGAAAAGCCAAAUCCAGAACGAGGCCCAAGUCCAGUGGGAACAGUCGCUACCCUCCCCCACAAGGCAGGGGCCCAUGAUGUCUACGGUUGUGUCAACGUGACCGGCCCCGGGCGCCCGGGUGGGACAUUACUUCUGGGGGAGCCUGGGGGGGUGCUGUUUCCAGGUGAGAUCAGCAUUGGAUCGCGGACGCAGGAGAGCAGGUGGGAGGGCACCAUCUGGUCCCCAAGGCCUGAACAGAAAACAAGGCAGGGGAGGGAGAACGUGCCCUUUUCUGGCCCCACCCCUUGAGCUGGGACAGCUCCUGUCACCUCCUCCUGCCCUUAGACUGGGGUUUACACCAUCCGCUCCCCUGGCUUUCAGGCCUCCAGACUCAGACCGGACGACAUCACCAAACUGGCCUUCCUGGGCCGCCAGUGUGCAGACGGCAGGUCAUUCCCAGACCCCAUGACCACGGGAGCCAAUUCCAAAUAAUCAUAU